AUGACCGAUCAGAAAAAGAAAUUCAGCUGUGACUUUAAUAUCGAAGCAAAGAUUCCCAAAGGCUUGUACGAGAAUUUCGUUGCCGUUCAAGCAUCAUUAUUGGGAUUACGAGGCUAUAUUGAAGCUACCGCUCAGGGUUUUCAAGGUAAAUUGGAAAGUGAAAAUAAGGAGUUGCUGGAGAAAAUAAAACAAAUCAUGGAGACGACAAAGGAUUUUAUAGCUCUGAUAACCAAGGCAAUAUUUUCGGAGAUUAAAGAAAUUGAAAAUUUCACCGAAGAAACCUUUAAAAUUAAGUGAAAGAAU